UGUAUUUCAUAUGUCAAAUGUCGGUUGUUGUUUUUGGCGCUUUUCUUGCUUAACUAUUUAAAAUAUUAAUUAAUAAUAAAUAAAAGUAACUAUGUCCUCCAUAUACGGUGAUGAUGUCGUUGAAGAUAUGCUUAACGGCAAUUUACAUGAAUUACCAAGCGAUGACGAAAAUGAGCGAAAUGGUAGAGAAGACCUGUUUGGUGAUGAAGUUGAAGGUGGUGAUAAUGCGGAUAGUGGUCAUCAAGGAGUGAAAGUGGAACCGAAAAAGCGUUCAGUGCGUAAUCCACGACCCAAAUUAUCCUUAGACAUUUUGACCGGACCACGAGGUAUACACACUAUCGAAGAUUAUUUCAAAGAUAUCAGUUACAAAGGAAAAGGACACGAAAAGCGUGAUCUGGACGAAGUGAUGCGUCGCAUGACCCAUUGGGCACAUCGUAUGUACCCCAAUUAUAAAUUUGAAGAUGUUUUGACAAAUAUCGAACGUAUUGGCAAAAAGAAAUCACUACAAGUGCAUAUGUCACGUUAUCGCCUUGGCAUGUUGGAUAAUUUAAAAGCAACCGGCGGCGAUAUGCAAGAGGACGAAGAUGAUGGCGCUAUGGGUGAAGUAGCAGAUGAGCCAUUCGAUGAGUUCGACGCAUUGUUAGGUGAACAAAUUGCCAUAUCCAAAAUAGCGCCUCGUACGCCGGGACAUUAUAGUAAUAAUGGUGAUGCUACAUUUACUGGCGCCAGCACCAGUACUUUGGCAACACCCUCAUUCAAUCGCGGUAAUGCAGCUAUGUCCACACCAUAUACCAACAAAGCACGAACAGGAUGUAAAAUAAAUGAUAGCGACUUGGCGCACCCUCUGCCACCUUCAGAGCCUGCUUCUCCAGCACCAGCGCCGAAAUUAACUUCUGAACAAAUGGCACGAAUAGCAGAAAAUCGACGUAUUGCCUUGGAGCGACUCAAAGCGAAGAAGGACCGUUUAAUGCGGCAACAAGAACAAAACAUAGUUAAAAAUAGUAUAAUGGAAAGCCAAGAGGAAACGUGAAAUUUCGACGUAAUUGUAAGUUUCAAGUUUCACAUUUUAAGUUCUGUAGGAUCUGUAAACAUAAAAAUUCGACUUGUAUAAUUUUUUAAAAACAAUAUUUAUUCAAAGAUUUCAAUAAAAAUCAAAUCACAAAUUAAUGUGCUCCUUAAAAUGUUAAAGUUAAGGAAUUUCAAUAUGUAUGGUUACACAAGCUUCUUAAUGCUUUAUUUGAGCGAAUAUUUGCCUAUUCGGAUUAAAUGUCUAAUUCGAUAAGCUCAUAGAGAUUACAACAUAUGUAUGUAUAUGCUACUAUGACACUGGGUUUAUAAACGGAAUAUGUAUUUCGUAUUUGUAUUUUGGCCAUGCCAAAGAGCUGAAAUACAAACUUACAUUCUAAAACUAUGAAUACAUAUUAUAUUACAAAAUUAUUGUCAAGUCUAUAAAUUGAAUGUGUGUAUGAGUAAUAAUUUAGAAUUGUGAGUGAAAAAUCUGCGUGAUUUUAA